CCUGUGCCUGUCUACGACACCUGUGACUACAAGACUUGGAUUGCUUCUAAAACUAUCUGGACCUAUAAAGCUGAUUAUUUGCUGGAAUACCAUUCUCAGUUUUUCAGCCACCGCAACCUUUGUAGACAUUGUAUUUUGUUGGAAUACCCUGCUUAGUCCACAAAGCACCUAACACUCAAGUACACAAAACUGACCUCAGAGCACUGAGGAGGUUAUAAAAUAUAAAUUUCAUGAUAAUCUAGAAUUGUCAGUUGAGUUGGAUGAUAGCAUUCUGAAUUUAUCGUAACUAUGGAUCUCCCUUAUGAAGAUAGCUCUUCUAAUGAGGAAAGUUUUGACACCUCUUGUCACAAAAAUAAACCUUUUAUCAGACUAUGGUAUAAUCAGUCCACUCAGUGCUGGACUCUAACACACUUGUUAUCAGGUGAUUCUAAUUCUGUCUUGAGUACACAGAAUAAGGAUUCAACCACAGACAUGGAGGAACUGCAUAAAAUUUCAUCUUCAGAUGAGGAGUCUGCCAGCACAUCCGUUAGUGACAUAAACAUGACUAUUGGUGGUGUAUGUAGCAAUCAGUCUUCCAAGCAUUACAGUGCAGAACAUGGUUUACAAGCUACUGUUUCAAACAAGGCAAAACCUGAAUGUAGUAGAAGUAAGAACCUUAUGAAGGACAACAGUAUAGUCACUCCUGAGUUAUCUGAACAUAAAGGAGCAGCCUGCGAACAAUACUUUGAUCUUCAGAUGGAGGAAUGUAAAACUGUUCUCAUGGAUUUUAAAAAGGCUCUUUCCGCAGUACAAGGUGUUGACAAAGUUCACAUAAGUGAAUGGUUUGCUAAGAGUAAUAAAUUGUUAAAGCAGACAGACUCCAACUCAGACUCUCUGAAGACACACAUUGCAGUUGUUGGAGACACUGGGGCAGGUAAAAGCUCCUUACUGAAUGCUUUGUUAGAUGAGGAGGACUUGCUGCCCUCAUGUUCUAUGAGAGCCUGCACUGCAUCAGUCGUGGAAGUGUCCUGCAAUACGAAGAAUCAGAAAUAUGAAGCCAAUGUGGAAUUUCUCACAAAGGAGGUAGGAUAA